UAUCUGAGAGACAGUCAAUCAGUCUUGAAAAUAUUUGCGAACUAUGCGGUCACCAUACGAAAGUUUUUCUACCGUUUCGGAUAGUGAAGAAACUAAAAACAGUGCCAUUCCAUAUCACGCCCGUGAAAAUUCGUUACCUUUCAGUUACGGGCAAAUAAAUAAAACAUCAACGCAACUGCGUAGUGUUGGUAGUGGCACAACCGCGAGUGCAUUAUAUAGAAAUGGUGGCACUGAUGACAGUGGUAUAGACUUUGGUUUAACAAAAGAUAGAAGUGGAUUCAAUUUGUACAGCGAUAGCGAUUAUUUAAGCAAAUACAAUAAUAAUGGGCCCAGAAAUGCUUCAUUAGGCCAUUCGUCAAGUAUAAAUUCAAGGAAAACUGAAACGGAUGGUAAAAUGAUUAAGACACAACCACGUCUGACUAGUCCUUUGCUUGUUCGCAAGAGUCUAAAUAGUAGAUCACCUACGCGAGGUUCUACCAAUACCAUCGCGAAUACUUACCACUACAACUAUGACACGACCGAUAACAGCAGUAGCGGCUUAAAUGGAAAUUCAAACAAAUACAACAGCAUUAGUAGCAGCAAUACUCUACGUAAGACUCCAACACGAAACGACUUUGAGGAAUUAUUGCGCCAGCGACGUGAAAAGAUCUACAAUGAAUAUCAACAUCGUUCAACAAUGCCAGAUUUGCGAAAUGCCAAACCGGAGCCACCACAGCGCCAAUAUUUAACAACAACUACCGCUAGUCGGCCGACAAAUGGACAGAAUAAAUAUAAUUUCGAUUUUGAAUUUAAUUUGAAUUUAGAUGAUGCACCUUCACCACAACGACGAGCAAAUACCAUUGAUCGUUCAUGGUCACAGUAUCGCACGCGAGAUAUACCAGUAGCGCCUGAAACAGCAUAUUCGGAGCGAAAUUAUAACACAAUCGGCUCGACGAAUGCUGUCAGAGAAACAACAUCGUCGAAGUCAUCUGCAGUGGGUUUUGCGAGUCAAGAACGCGAACGACCUCUAUUACCAAUGAAUCACAACAACAAUCGUUCACUAAGUGAACAACAUAUACAGCGCACAGAGUACACCACAUAUGGCAAUGGAAAUUUGUCUGGUUACAGCAGCAACAACAAUAAAAGCCACAUCAACAAUGAUUUCAGCUAUGACGGUACAUUGGGAGGAACACGCAGUCGUAGUGACUUGUCGCCGAUAUAUGCAACUACUACGAGACAAGUGACUGGCAAUAACAAUAACAGUAUGCAGAAUAACAAAAACAGUGUUAAUUCAACAACAACAAUUACCACUACAACAUACCGCAAUGCAUAUGAACCAGAAUUGUCAAUUACUGAUUAUCCCCUUACCGCUAAGGCUUCAACAUCUACACAAACUGUACAGCAGGUAGGUGUAUCACGUCCAGAAACGCCAGCUUUCCCCGUUACACCACGUACACCAUUUGGCAACUAUAACACCGCAUCAACGCAGCCUCAUAGUCCAAAUGGCGGUCAAUCAACAGCUACUGAAAUACAUAACUACUCUGCAGAAACAAUUUACCAAACCAAUCCAACUGCUUAUAGACCUCGAUUAAAUUCAAGCGUCUCAAUGAUUAAUAGUGAACCGCAGGAAGUAGCUGCACAUCUGGUUAAAUUUGCAAAAGAUUCUUCUAAAUUCUGGUAUAAACCAAAUCUGUCGAGGGAGGAAGCUAUAUCAUUGCUCAUAAAUGCCGUGCCAGGGACAUUUAUUGUACGUGAUUCGACUACAUAUAAGAAUGCAUAUGGACUAGUGCUACGUGUAAGUCAACCACCACCUGGUGUAACAAAUUCCGGUAAGCCGGAUGAGCUAGUGCGACAUUUUCUUAUUGAACCCACAACACGGGGUGUACGCUUGAAGGGUUGUGCCAAUGAACCGGUUUUUACCAGUUUGAGUGCAUUAGUGUAUGAGCAUUCUAUCAAUCAGCUGGCUUUGCCAUGUCUACUACGUAUACCGGAAGAUGAUCUAGUCCCAUCGCUUGAACUGACGCCAGCUCAAAAACAUCUUUUUACACAAGGCGCUGCGACCAAUGUAUUGUGGCUAUAUUCGUGCGAAACCGAAUCUCUAACCGGCGAAGAAGCAAUACGCAAGGCUAUACGCCAAUUGUAUGCACAAAAAUCAUUACCAAGUCCGACUGUUGUGCACUUUAAGGUGUCACAACAAGGCAUAACAUUAACAGAUAAUACACGCAAAAAAUUCUUUCGCAAACAUUACGCAGCCGACAUCAUAUCGUAUUGUGCUAUUGAUCCAGAUCAUCGAGUCUGGACUAUGCAGGAAGAACAGAAUGGCGAAGAACAAAAGAAAACAGUUGGCAACUUGAAGAAAACAAUAUUUGCUUUUGUUGCAAGGCGUUCAUCCAGCUCCAAAGAUAACCAGUGUCAUGUUUUUUGUGAUCUGUCUAUUACUCAACCAGCAUCGGCAAUUGUGUCAUUCGCGAAUAAGACACUUCCAACCGAAAAGCAGCGUAACUACGUGCUUUGAGAAGGCCUGAAUUUAAGUGAGGAAUUUGGAGUUAAACACAGAUUAGCAGCUAAUAAGAGAAGUGAAGGAUAUGCAACGAUGACAGUUGGUGAAAAGAAAAGGGUAUCAUUUUUAUUAUAGAUUUAAUUUGGUUUAUAUUAGAAAAGUGUGUCCAUAGGUGUGAUAACGAAUUAUAAAAUAUACUAACGAUAAGUGACGAAGGUAAAAAAAACAAAAAAUUCUUGCAAAAGUUCAG